CUUUCGUUGACACUUGACAGAGAGGAAUCCGAGCAAAGCCAAAUCAAAAGUAGACAUUUGUUCUACUGUUUUUGUGCCCUAGAUCAUCGUUCCCUGCUGGGAUUCUUUACCGCCUUCUAUUCUCUUUCGUUUUCUAUCCGACUCAUUCAGUCUAUUUGUUGAUAUUUCAACAAUGAUCCGGUUCAUUCUACUACAGAACAGGCAAGGGAAGACUCGUCUGGCCAAGUAUUACGUCCCUCUCGAGGAAUCCGAGAAACACAAAGUAGAAUACGAGGUUCAUCGAUUGGUGGUCAAUAGGGAUCCCAAAUUCACGAAUUUCGUUGAGUUCCGCACUCACAAGGUUAUCUACAGGCGAUAUGCUGGUUUGUUUUUCUCAAUAUGUGUUGACAUCACAGAUAAUGAGUUAGCAUACUUGGAGUGCAUUCAUUUAUUUGUGGAGAUUUUGGAUCAUUUCUUCAGCAAUGUGUGUGAACUGGAUUUAGUAUUUAAUUUUCACAAGGUGUACUUGAUACUUGAUGAAUUCAUCCUUGCUGGGGAGCUCCAAGAAACUAGCAAGAAGGCAAUCAUAGAGAGAAUGGGUGAGUUGGAGAAGCAAGAGUGAGCUGAUUGUGCUAAGGAAUUCACGGAUCUUGCCUUGGUCUUAGUUCCUUGUUUGGUUCGCUUCUGUUCAUCAAAUUUCAAAAGUUGUUUCCUUCCAAGCCUUGUAACAAUGAAUGAGAAGAAGAACGAGAUGAAACUGUCUUCAUUUCCCUCCAUUUUCUUUUCCAUUGUAUUGUGAAUUGUGGUAAUUGGUGUAUUCCUUCUUCAAAAUUAAUGAGUACCAAAUUUCUUAUACGUGUGUGUUAAUAUUUCCUAUAUUCCAAAUUUCUGAUGAUUCUUGUAA